UGAUCUCCUGCUGCCACCCUCAGCUCCUCUCACUUGCCAGCGGGUCCUCCUGCCUUCAGGGCUUUAGCAGACGGUGUACCCCUGCCAGGAAUGCUCUUCAAGGGCUUGCCUUCCUGCACACCGCAGCAUCAGCAUCACCUGAGUAUCACCUGCCCCACCCAGUUUAGCAUCGAGGCACCUGGUGCCCUGUGUUCCCAGCAUUACUUCCUGCAUUUGUAGCAACAGGUGUUUGGCGCAUGGACCCAUCUCUCUGGCUCCUGCACCAAGACGCUGAGCCUGGUGAGAGCAGGGCCUGGUCUGUCACACUCUCCCUGGCCCUCCUCAGAGCUCUUCCCGAGCAAAGUCAGCUACAGCUUCUUUGUGGGCAAAGGCUGUCGUGGGCUGCACCCUCUCACAGGUGUUCCGGAAGACUCGUUGAGCUAUAUAUGUCCCCUGUUCACGAGAGAGGCUGAUGUCAUUUCCCUGCUUUUGAAUCCCUCAUCUCUGGCUGCCUUGAAGCAUCGGCUCCUUUCAAUCCUUGAGCAGUUACUGAACACCUAGUGGUGCUGGGCUUCUACAACAGUCACCUUAAACCCUCGGCCUCCACUGCAGUGGGGUCACAGGUCUUGGGUGCCCCCUCUCCUGCUUCUCAGGUUCGUGGCUGAGCGAGAGUGACUGCCUGUCUGGUAGCAGAGGCACUGAAGGUAUUAAAUGGAAGCAGCUGGGGUGAGCGAAGAGCAUGCUCGUGGCAUCACGAACAAAAAAACAGCAAACACCAACCAGCCUGUUUUUCACUAAGGGCUCUGGCGUGCAGUCUGGGUCCCAGCCUCGCUGAGCCCCCCCCCACGUGAGACCUGCCUGCGGAGGAAGCCCCCCCCACGUGCUGACCAUGUCUAUUACGGACCACAGCCCCACCACGGGUGUGGUCACCGUCAUCGUCAUCCUCAUUGCAGUUGCGGCCCUGGGGGCCCUGAUCCUGGGCUGCUGGUGCUACCUGCGGCUGCAGCGCAUCAGCCAGUCGGAGGACGAGGAGAGCAUCGUGGGAGAUGGCGAGACCAAGGAGCCCUUCCUGCUGGUGCAGUACUCAGCCAAGGGACAGUGCGUGGAGAGGAAGGCCAAGCUGACCCCCAACGGCCCCGAAGUCCACGGCUGAGCCGGGAUGCGGAGGCUCCUGGGCCCGUUUGCAGCCAGCCGAGAGGCGUGGGAGGGGCGAAACCACAGACAUGCUGCCGUCUGAGAGGAAGGGUUGACACCUGCUGGCAUGGCCUCGCCGGGCUUUGUCCUCGCAUGCACUGACUCCCGGGGUCCCAGCGGUCCUGAGCCAGGGCUCGUGGCCCCGGGCAACCCCUUGGCCUCCUGGUGGGGCUGCCCAUUGCAGGCAGUGGGCAGGCCUGACCUUGCUGGGGCUCACGGCCCCACAGCGCUUUUGUUACUUGAAUGUUUAGCUGAGCCUGUUUUUGAUGGAGCUACUACUGUAAUGCGUGAACUCACAAGCCUGUGAACUGUAAAUAGGCCCUCCAAGCACG